ACAGUGUGUGAGGGAGCCCACCCAGUCCUGAGGUAACAACUUUCUUCAUCCAGGAAUUAUCUAGUUAGUGGAAAAUGGACCCAGAAAAUAUAAGCAGAGCUGACCUUGUUCUUCCAAACCCAGAAGAACCCUCCAGCAUUGAACUCUCAGAAAUAGCUCCCCAAGAUGAGACCAUACAGGAGAAGGUCGCACUGUCCCCACCCCAAAGGACAUGGCUGACGUUCUUGAAGAAGGAGCUGGAAUUUCUGGGGGUAACACAAAUUUUGAUUGGUUUGAUAUGCCUUUGUUUUGGAACAAUUGUCUACUCCAUGCUUAAUAUUUCAGAAUAUGAACCAGCCCUUUUCUCAUCAUUUAAAGCAGGCUACCCAUUCUGGGGAGCAUUAUUUUUUGCUAUUUCUGGACUUUUGUCAAUUAUCUCUGAAAAGAAACAUGCAACAUAUUUGGCACGAGGAAGCCUGGGAGCAAACAUGGUCAGCAGCGUAGUGGCAGCGACAGGGAUUGUCAUCCUGAUCAUCAACCUAAAGGGGAGCUCGGCGUUUGCCUACAAGUGCCAGGAAUUUUAUCGCGUCGGCGUUUGCUUCGUGGUUUCUUUUUCCAUAGAAAUUGUGGCGAUGAUCCUGUUUCUCACUAUUCUGGGGCUUUGCAGCGCCGUGUCACUCACCAUCUAUGGAGUUGGAGAAAUAGUCGAAGGAAAUAAGAUUCCAGAAGAACGUCUUUAUGAAGAACUAAACAUAUAUUCCCCGAUUUACAGUCAGCUGGAAGACAUAAGGGAAGAAAGUUCUCCUCCCACUGAUUAAUAAGAAUCUUGUGUCCAGGACAUUCUGAUUCAGAAGGAUCCAGAAAGCCAAGGUCUUUGUUUAAGGGGUUACUUUCAAAAGCUCUAUACUCUCCAUGAACUGCCAAUUUUACUUUAAGAUUUAUUACCCCAAAUGGCAGUGUUUUGUUUUUGUUGUUUCUGUUUAUAUAAAUAUAACCCCCUCCCAUUUCUAGUUACUAUGCUAUUUUUCUUGUUUUCUAUUACCAACUCACACUUCUAUUUUCUGGGAAGUCAGCAUGUAAUAAGCAGGCAUUUACUGCGUGCCUAACUGUAAAUAGGGCGUACAAGGGGAAGGCUGGUUGAAAGAUGGGUUAAACUUUGACAGAUUGAUAAGAUUUUUUUGUUUGCACUUUUUAGAGUUCACAAUAGCUUGCAGAUGUGCAUGAUAUAUGUCCACCUACUAGACUGUAAGCUCCUUAAGGGCAGGAUCCAUUCAACAAGUAUUUUCUGAAAGCUGAUAAAGUGUUUGAGUUUAUACACACUUGUCUCCUUCAUACUGUGUAGCCCCAUAUUUCACAUACAGUGAGUGCGCUGUAUGUUUAAAUGGUGGAUGGAUGAAAUUCAGGGAGGAUAUCCCACCAGGA